GUGUGUGUGUGUGUGUGUGUGUGUGCGUAUGUUUGCAGUGGGGCUACCUUGGACAGCGCCAGGCGAGGCAGACGCACUUGAGCAAGCGGAGGAACUUCAGCGAAGCGCUUUCUCUUUACAAACAACAUCCAACCGCAGAGCCAGCUUUCCUCCUCCAGUUUUGUGUACUUUAACCUUUCUUCUUCGGACCUACUUGUUUGGAUAAUCCCUCUUUUUCCAGCUGGGCAUGUGAAGCAGUAGAGCCGCGCCGCCCUCGGAGCACCGGGAAGCGGACUCCCGUCUCGCCCCCUGUCCGCCUCCUGCUGGAGCUGGAGCGAUGCCCGGGGCAGGAUGUGCUCCAGCCGCAAGAUCCUGUGGAGCCUGCUCCUGCUGUCCGUAGUGGAGGUGGGCCUCGGUGUGGCGAGCAUCGUCCUGGGAGCCGUUGGCAUUAGCUGGGUCCGGGGCCAUCAUAAGCCGCAGCAGGGCGACGCGUCCCCGGUGUGGAGCGGACUCUGUUUUCUGGUCUGUGGGAUGUGCGGAGUGCUGUGUGCUCGCAAGAGGACAGGUCUUAUUAUCCUGCUGGGGAAAAUUAGAUUUUCAUACUGGCUUGGAGUUUUCCAGCUGCUUUCCUAUUCUAAGGAGAUGAUCCUGUUUUCGGCAUGCUGUAUCUGUGGUCUGAUUGGUGGGAUCCUCAACUUCCAGUUUGUCCGGGCGCUGAACAAACGACCAGACUCCAUGCACUCGAUCCAUCUCGCUGCCAUGACUCUGGCCUGUCUGGGGAUCUCCUCCUGUACCUUAUCCACGUGGCUCACCUGUCGCCUGGCGAGCUCCGAGCAGCAGAGGAUGUUCCUUGAGAGGGAACACUCGCUACACCACUCGCACGAGAUGACCGAGAAGGAGAUCCUGGACAACUCCAGCAAUGGCAUUCCUCAGAUCUCUUACAACGGACACACCACAGCAUCACCAUGACAAUGUAUCACCAAUGGCGACUUGCACACACUGAACCACAGAGAGUUCAUGAAUCGCUUGCUGUAAUACAGCAUGUACUUCGUUCUAAACAUCCUGCGACAUACGCAGUAACUAUAUCCUGAGUGCAGGGGGUGAAGCCAGGUCUCUCAACUUGGAACCCUUUUGCUCUGCCGCCGGAGUGAAAGGACAUUUUGACAACAAGAUGGAGGCGUUUAUGCUUCUGAAUGAUUAUGCAAACACGGGUUCAAACCCCCCCAGAUAAACUCAAACCAAAGCCGGGGUGGAGAGCAGCCGUUUGGGUCGUAAUUCAGGUGGCAAACAUCUGCGUGGUAUCAUCUGACCUUAAAGCUACUGAGCAGGAAGGAUCGAUUUUAUCCAAUGAGAUGCCUCAAGGGGAUGACCACAAACCGAGCAUGCAGCUGAUUCACUUGAAGAGCUACUGUUAUUUCAGUCUCAGUGUCUUUAUUCUCUCUCUCUCUCUGUGUCUUGUUAUGGGUUUAUGGAAUGCAGAUCUUGAGAUAGCCUGCAGUUAGCUGUAUGUAUUGUCCAAUAAUGGAAUGGUUUGAAAUGCAGUGAUGCGCAAUGUACUGUAUCGUAUAUCCAUGCUUGUAUAUCAGGAAUCUAGCCUUACCUAUAAAGCAAAGAUAUUUUUAUAAAUGCUUCUUAUAAAGUGAAUUUAAUUAAAUGUAUGACAAAUCUGAGUGAUGGACUAUUUCGGUGGAAUUUAGUGCAAUAUUUUUAGCAAUGGUUGACCGAUUCAUUUGCACACAGAGAGCAGCAAGAUGAGUUUGGUGUUAUCGUCCCAACAUAUUCAGAUUAGGCCUUUCUCAUUACACUUAAAGAAAAAUACUUUACAUGUUUCAGUAAGUGUAGCAAGUGUUGUGAGUUAUUACUCACAGCAUGCUAACCAAAACACUAAACGUUUCAUUUUUUGAUAAAUGCAUGUAAAUCUUGAAAACCAAGUGUACAAUAUCACACAUUGAAAACCUGCAGAGCACGCUGUCAACAUAAUCAAUACGGAGCAAUAUUUAGGAAGCACUGCAUUCCUAUGCGACCACAGUUUAACUCAGGGAUACCUUUGGCUCUGCUCGAGGUUCACACACUCAUUGUAAAGUUAAGUGAUGGAGUAAAUCUGUUUUAUAGCACCUAUCAAACCACCUCUCAACCAACAAUAAGCACUAUUACCCACACUCGCAUGCAUGCACACAGACAGACACACAGCUGUGACCUCUAAUGUAGAUAUACCAUUGCUCUGGCAACAUCAUGCUGUCCAAUAACCUUCCUCCUUAUGGUGUUUGCCUACUCCAAAAAGCCCCGCAGUGUG